AUGGACGGAGGCGCUCUCCCCACCUGGGCCCUCUACGCGGCGGCGCUUCUGGCCUCCGCCGCCAUCUUGAGGGUCCUCUUGGCGUCCCACCGGAAGGAGCGGCCUCCUCCGCCGCCGGGCCCCCGGCCGUGGCCCAUCGUCGGCAGCCUGCACCUCAUCGGGGAGCUGCCGCACAGGUCCAUCCACGAGCUCUCCCGGAAGUACGGUCCCAUCAUGCAGCUCUACCUGGGAUCGCAGCGGGUGGUGGUGGGGUCGUCUGUGGAGAUGGCGAGGGAGUUCUUGAAGAAGCAGGACCUCGUCUUCGCGUCGCGGCCGCGGACGGCGGCGGGCAAGUACACGACCUACAACUACUCGGACAUCGCUUGGGCCCCGUACGGGCCGUACUGGCGGCAGGCGAGGAAGUUGUGCCUCACUGAGCUCUUCUCUGCCAAGCGGCUCGACUCCUACGAAUACAUCAGGCUGGAGGAAACGCAGCGGAUGCUGGCCCGGCUCGCCGGCGCCACCACCGGCGGCGCCGCUGUGUUGCUGAAGGACCACCUGAACUUGCUGAGCCUGAGCGUGAUCAGCCGGAUGACGCUGGGGAAGACGUACAUCGGGGAGGAGGCGGCGAUGGACGUGGUGUCGCCGGAGGAGUUUAAGAAGAUGCUGGACGAGCUCUUCCUCCUCAACGGGGUGCUCAAUAUCGGCGACAUGAUCCCCUGGCUGGACUUCCUCGACCUGCAGGGCUACGUGAGGAGGAUGAAGGCUCUGAGCGUGAAAUUCGACGCCUUCCUGGACCGCGUCCUCGAAGAGCACGAGGACCGCCGGGGGCGGGCGGGGCCGGAGUUCGUCCCUGCCGACAUGGUCGACGUGCUGCUGCAGCUCGCCGACGACCCGAACCUCAGCGUCAAGCUCACCAGAGACGGCGUCAAGGGCUUCACCCAGGUGCGCCCCCGGCCCUACUCCCCAACUCUGUUACGCCAUCUCCCACCUCUCGAUUGAGCAAAAAAUAUAUUUUUGGUCUGCAGGACAUGAUCGCAGGGGGGACAGAGACCUCGGCAGUGACAGUGGAGUGGGCGAUGGCGGAGAUUCUCCGGAGGCCGGAGAUCUUCGAGAAGGCGUGGGAGGAACUCGACCGGGUGGUGGGGAGGGAGCGGUGUGUGGAGGAGAAGGACAUCCCGAACCUGCCCUUCAUCGAGUCCAUAGUCAAGGAGACGAUGCGGCUCCACCCGGUGGUUCCCAUGCUGAUCCCCCGGUACAGCCGGGAGGAUACGACGGUGGCGGGGUACCACGUGCCGGCGGGGACGGAGGUGCUGGUGAACGUGUGGACCAUCGGGAGGGACCCGGCGGUGUGGGACUCGCCGGAGGAGUUCCGGCCGGAGAGGUUCGAGGGGAGGAGCGUCGACGUGAAGGGGCACGACUUCGAGCUGCUGCCGUUCGGGGCGGGGAGGAGGAUGUGCCCGGGGUAUCAGCUCGGGCUGAAGAUGGUGCAGUCGAGCCUGGCGAAUCUCCUCCACGGAUUCCGGUGGAGGCUUCCGGAGGGGGCAGCGCCAGAGGAUCUCAACAUGGAGGAGCUCUUCGGUCUGACCACCCCCAAGAAGAUACCCCUGGAAGUCGUCGCGGAGUUGAGACUCGCGAGCCAGGUGUACAGUCUCUGA